ACAUUUGUCAUUUUGGGGUUUUAUAUUUGACAUCUGACAACUAAAUUUUCUCAAAUCAUCCUCUAUUCUUCCUGCGAGUAGGUAAAUUUUAAACAAUUAUUGCUACUUUAUUUGAUUAAAAAGAUCUUUUAUUGCAAAAAUGCCGGCUGGAGGUGCUUUAUUUGGUAGUACAGCUACAGGGCCUGGAUCUACAGGAGGAAACAAGCAUUUAGUUGAAAUGAGGGCAGGAAAAAUGAAUCUAAAAGGAAGGAUGGUGUUUCCUGACAAACGUAAAGGCCUUCUGUAUGUAUAUCAGAGCGAAGACUCUUUAAUGCAUUUCUGCUGGCAAGAUAGAACGUCCGGCGUAGUAGAAGAUGACUUGAUCAUCUUUCCUGAUGACUGCGAAUAUGUAAAAGUGCCACAGUGUACCACUGGCCGUGCUUAUCUGCUGAAAUUUAAGUCAUCAAAUAGGAAGUUUUUCUUUUGGCUUCAGGAGCCAAAAACUGACAAAGAUGAAGAUCAUUGUGUAAGAAUUAAUGACCUGCUGAACAAUCCUUCGAGUGCUACCCAGUCCUCCGAUAGGCCGGAGCAGGAUCUACAAGCGCUAUUAAGUAGCAUGUCUCAGUCGCAACUGAUGCAGUUAUUUGGUGGUGCUGGGCAGAUGCCUGGUUUAUCGAGUCUCCUUGGAACUAUGCGAGGACCAGGUAGCGCACGAACCACUACACCUGCUUUGACCCACCGUACAGCUCCGAGUACUCCCACUACAAAUACUACAACAAAUCAGGCGUCGGCUCCAGCUGCUAAUCAAGCGACGCCCGAGAAUGCUCCAAUACCUGUGAGAACCCCGACCGCCCCUACCAGGGUGACCCGAUCAUCGGCAGCUGCCGCAAAACCGCCAGAAACGGCCCCCACGUCGGCCCCAAUUCAAUUAGCCGAUUUGCAGAAUUUCCUGCACGGGAUAUCGUCUACGGCUGCAGCUCCUCCAGCGCAAUCAGUGGACUUGUCGGGUGCACUGACCACUGAUACUCUCUCAAGCAUUAUAAAUAAUCCCGAAGCUUUGCAUCAAUUACAAGAGCAUCUGCCUCCGAUCGACGGCAGUACCCAAGAAGCCUUAAGAUCGACACUAACCUCGCCCCAGUUUCAACAGGCCGUGUCUCAGUUUUCUAGCGCUCUGGAAUCGGGUCAAUUGGGUCCGGUAGUAUCGCAGCUGGCGGUGAACCCUGAAGCCGUUGCGGCUGCGACUUCAGGCAACAUGCAGGAGUUCGUCAAAGCCUUGGAAAAGUCUUCAUCCGGUUCGGCUAGCUCCGACCAAGCCAACAAAGAUAAGAACAAAGGCGCGAAAAAGGAUAACAAAAAAGACGACGAUGACGAAGAGAUGCAAUUAGAUUAGAAUUUUGUACGAUAAUCGAGAAAAAGAUAUAUAAUAAAACGUUUAUAGGGUCAAUAAAAUAUUGCACGUACCUGUUUCUGUUGAAAUACAUAA